AUGUCACCUACGCCGCCCUCUACAACGCCGUCGAGCGGGAGCGCUCACUCGCCUGAUUUCAGAGUCAUCCGCAAACGCAAUCGAGUCCCACUUUCAUGCGCUCCUUGCCGCCAUAGGAAGUUAAAAUGCAAUCGCUCAAACCCGUGCGAGAAUUGCGUCAAACGGGGAGAUGCGCACUCGUGCUCAUACGCACAAGUGAGCACCCGGAAGAAGAAUAUUCAACAACAGACAACGCCGACUUCGCCUGAUGAUAUGCAAAAUCGUAUUGACCGGCUGGAGGGCUUGGUUUUGUCGCUGAUGACAAACGGUGCGCAGUCGGCGGGCCCCGCGGCUGCUAUGGCGACGAUCUCUGGAGAUAGUAGUGCGGGGUCUACGGGACUCUCUCAUGAGCUGGAUCUUGAUGAUGAUCAUGGUGCGGAAGAGAGUGAUACGGAGCAGGUAACGAAGUCAUUUGGUGUGAUGAAAAUGGACAAUAACAAGUCCUACUAUAUCAGCGACGCACACUGGGCCUCUGUAUUAAAUGAUAUCACCGAGGUGCGAAAUUUCUAUACGACACAUAAAAAACAGUUUGAGGAGCAAGCAGAAAAGGUCAAGGCUUCUCGUCCAGAGACGGAUGUCCCUGGGUCAACACUGUUAUUCGGGGUCAUGAAACCUCUCAGUCGACCUGAAAUUCUGUCUUCUUUGCCUUCCAAAUACAUGACCGAUCUUCUUGUUGCUCGUUACUUCAACACGUAUGAUCCUGCUACCCAUAUCCUUCAUGGCCCCACAUUCCAAGCACAAUACAACAGGCACUGGGAGGACCCUUCUCGAACUGAAAUUGUGUGGAUUGCUAUGCUGUUUGCCAUGAUGAGAUUGGCCAUGCUCUCAUAUCACCGAGAAGGUGACGAGCCUCCUGAGUUCAGAGGCAAGGCCAUUGAUAUGGCCAGCUCCUUCCGAAACUCAGUUGCAGAGUGUCUGACUUUGGCGGAUUACACAAAACCACACCCGUACCUGAUUGAGUCUCUAAUUUUUCAUGUACAUGGAGACUUUUCACAGACCCGGGAAGCAGAUGUAUCAGUGUGGGUUCUAACAGGUGUGGUUGCCCGUCUGGCGAUGCGGAUGGGAUACCACCGAGACUCGAAAGUUUUCCCAAACAUCACACCUUUCCAGGGUGAGAUGCGACGGCGGGUGUGGUCGUUUGUCCGGUCAGCAGAUGUGCUUUUUUCAUUCCAAGUUGGCAUGCCGAGUAUGCUGCGGGCAGCUGACAGUGAUACGGACCUGCCGCAGAAUUUGUAUGAUGAUGACUUUGAUGAAGACUCCAAAGAACUGCCCCAAGCUCGACAGCUGAGCGAGCCAACACCCAUUUCGUACCUGAUAACCAAGGCGCGUCUGGUGUUUGCGUUUGGCCGUGUCAAUGAGCAUGCUUCGUCGAUUGCCAAUGCUUCAUAUGACAAAACUAUGGAGCUUGAUGCGGAUCUCCGGCACGCUAGGGACCUGAUCCCUGACCACUUACGUCUCCGCCCGCUGGAAGACUGUCAGUUAGAUCCGGUGCAAUUGAUAAUGUCCCGCUAUUCAGUGAACAUGGUCUACCACAAGGCACAAAUUGUGCUGCAUAGACCAUACCUCGUCCGUGCACGGGAAAACCCCCGCUUCACCUACUCUCGACGAACAUGUAUCGAUUCAGCCAUGGAGAUGCUCGGAGCACAGUCAAUCCUUCACACAGAAUCGCAGAGUGGACGUUUCCGCGACCGCCCACUCAUAGUCACAUCCCUCAGCUCAGCAGACUUCCUUCUGGCCGCGUCAAUUGUCAGUCUUGAUUUGUACCAUGGGUACACACUGCAAGCGUCGGGCCGACCUUCUGGUGACACGUAUACUUGGGGCCAUGAACGCCGCGAGGAGAUGACCGCAGCAAUCCAACGCUCGAAAGAGAUUUGGGAUGAAAUGCGUGACAAGAGCAUGGAGGCCUUUAAAGCCAGUAGUAUACUCGGCGUGAUGCUUGGCAAGCUGCAUAGCAGCGUCCCGGGGCUUGAGAAUAGCACCGCAAACAACAUUUUUGAGCCACAGGAUGAGAAGCAGAACGCUGCUAUGACGCUGGGUCUGUUGAGUAGUGGAAUGAGCCCCAUGAACUCGGGCCUCUCUCCGUUCUCGGAUCCAGCCAUGAGAAUGACUGAUUCACCAAUGCCUGCCGGCGUGGGUCUGGGCGCGGGCGCCUCGGCUGAAAUGCUUGGUGGGCCUCUUUCACCUUUCAGUAGCAUGUUCGGCCAGAUGCCGGACAUGCAGGCUAAUCUUGACUGGGAGGCUUGGGAUACCUAUAUUCAAAACCCUAACCAAUUUGGCGCUUCGAAUCAGUUCUGGCCCAUGAUGGAUCCCUCAGGACAAACUGUACAACCUGCCGGAUUGACCCAGCCUCAGAUACCAAAUCCACUCGGGACAUCACGAGCACCGAAUGGUAUGCCGACUACGCAGAACGAUAUUGGCGCUGGCCGAGUACCAAAUAUGUUCUCGCCACCAAACAGCGAGAGAAACGACUCCUCUGCGACUGGGUUCACACCCAUGUCUCAGCCAGCUAGUUCUGGCCGGAGCCAAGGAUCCAUUUAG